UCUUCUUUCUUCUUCUUCUUUGAGUUCUUCUAUGGCCGAAAGUGAGACGAGAAUAUGGUCCGACCUCCUCCCAGAACUUGUAUCCGCCAUUGCAGAAAAGCUAGGUUUGAUCGAUCUUCUCGCCUUACGUGGCACGUGCCGCAGUUGGCGGCUGGCAUCUUUCUCGGUGACGGCGAAACUAAAAGACUCAAUACUCCAUCAGAUGCCGCCGUGGCUUCUCUGUCAAGACUCGUACGAUAAUGAAGAAUGUAUUGCCCACGAUUUGAAGACCAAAAUCAAAUACAGAAUGAAACUCCCCCAAUUGAUAGGAACCAAAAUUCUGGGUUGUUUCCAAGGCUGGCUGCUUCUCUUCAAUACCGGUGGAAAAAUCUUCUUCUUCUGCCCCUUCACAAAGGAAAAGAUAAGUCUCCCUGAUUUGCCCCAAUCCGAAAUAUGUUUGCACACCAAAUCCGUAUUAACUUCUUCUCCAACAUCAAUUACAGACCGCACCAUCUGCCUCAUCUGGCGCGAACAAAACCCAUUCAUCUUGUUCUACUACAUUCUUCAACCUGGGGCAGAGUCCUGGAAUAAGGGGAAAGUUUCUUGCAACAUAGACAUAAUGAAAGUGGAAACAGGCGCAGUGUACUAUGAUGGGGAAUUCAUUUUAUUGAACAGGGUUAUGGGGAAGGAGGUGACGUUCAGCAUUGAAAGUCAGGGAGCGGAUAUUUGUAAUCUGAUGCUUGACCCAUUUAAUCAGGAGAAGAAUCUUUCCAAUAUUAAAUUUUCCAUAUUGGAUAGGAGUUAUUUGAAGCUUCCAUAUGUUAAACAAUGUCUUUCCAUGGAGGAAAGUGAUGAGGAUGAUGAUGACGACUACGAAGAAUAUGAUGAUGAUGACGACGAAGACUACGAAGAAGAAGAUGAGGACGACUACGAAGAAGAAGAUGACGACGACAACGAAGAAGAAGAAGAUGACGGCGACAACGAAGAAGAAGAUGAUGACGACGACAACGAAGAAGAAGAUGAUGAAUUUGAUGAUGAUUUCUAUGGAGAAGAAGAAGAUGAUGAGGAUCAAACUGCAACACGUGUGUAUGUAUGGGGAACUCAUUGGCAUAAUCGCAGCCGCAUCUUGGUUUGUUUUUUCAAUGAGUCCAAUUUCAAUCAAAGAAUCUUCCCGAACAUUUCUGAAAAGAAUCUAGGACGAAGAGGAAUAUGGAUUCAUCCGAGAUUAUUCACACAACUUAAUGAGUACUACUAGUCCUAGAGGUUGAAACUCUCUAUUGCAUGAAAUAGUAUUGGGUUUUCUAUGCAUGGGUUAUUAAAUCACAUGUUGCCAUUGAUAUAGAUAAUACUUGUGGGUCAGGUCAAUUUAGGGUUGUUUGGAUACUCAUGACUUUCAUAUAUGCAAGUGAAUUUUAUUUGAAGAUCGAUCA